CUGCCCUUCAAACACAGCUCUCUUAUUUCUCUUUGUUGUUCUUCUCAGAAGAUCGGCAGCUACUUUGAAUAUAGGGUAUCAAAUGGCAGCUACAUCAGCAAAUUCCCUUUCUAUCAGAUCAAAAACACGUUCACUUUCACAAUCAAACCCUUAUGGAAUCAACUUCAAUUCACAAAACCAUCUACACUACAACUUCAAAUCAUCCUUCUUAGGCAACAAAAUCACCACAACUGUUCAACAAACUUUCACCCAAACACAAUCAAAAACCCUUAAAGUCAACGCAUCAUUCAAAGUCGCCAUUCUUGGAGCUGCAGGUGGCAUAGGUCAACCAUUAUCACUUCUAAUAAAAAUGUCCCCUUUAGUUUCAGACCUCCAUUUAUACGACAUAGCAAAUGUCAAAGGAGUAGCAGCCGAUCUCAGCCAUUGCAACACUCCCUCUAAAGUUCUAGAUUUCACUGGAAAUAACGAAUUAUCAAACUGUUUAAAAGAUAUAGACAUUGUCGUCAUUCCAGCUGGCAUCCCAAGAAAACCAGGUAUGACACGUGAUGACCUUUUCAACAUCAACGCGAACAUAGUAAAAACUUUAGUCGAAGCUGUAGCGGAUAAUUCCCCAAAUGCUUUCAUCCACAUCAUAAGCAACCCAGUCAACUCAACAGUCCCAAUUGCAGCAGAAAUUUUGAAACAGAAAGGCGUGUAUAAUCCCAAGAAGCUUUUCGGUGUCACAACUCUCGAUGUUGUAAGAGCCAAUACUUUUGUAGCUCAAAAAAAGAACCUAAAAUUAAUUGACGUUGAUGUCCCUGUGAUCGGAGGUCAUGCUGGAAUUACGAUUUUACCCCUGUUGUCGAAAAUGAAACCGAAUGUUUCGUUUACUGAUAAUGAAAUUGAGGAGUUGAGUGUUAGGAUACAGAAUGGUGGGACGGAGGUGGUGGAGGCUAAGGCUGGGGCAGGGUCAGCGACACUGUCUAUGGCUUAUGCGGCUGCCCGAUUUCUGGAGUCGUGUCUUCGGGCACUUGAUGGAGAUAGUGAUGUUUAUGAGUGUGCGUUUGUUGAGUCGGAAAUUACGGAAUUGCCCUUUUUUGCAUCGAGGGUUAAGAUUGGGAGAGAAGGGGUUGAGGGUGUGGUGUCGAGUGAUCUUGAAGGGUUGAGUGAAUAUGAAAAGAAAGGUUUGGAAGCUCUUAAGGGUGAAUUGAAAGGAAGCAUAGAGAAGGGGGUUGCAUUUGCUAAUAAGGAAAAGUGAGGGGUUGAAAAUUGAAAUGAAAUUUAGGAUAGAUUAGGUGCUAUAAUAAUAACUAUUAAAGUAAUAAUAAAGUUGCUGUAAAAAAGAAAGCAUCUUCGGUUUUGUCGACUUUUUUUUUGAGGAGUGGGAUAUUCAAUUAUUCAUAUUCCAUUGGUAUUGUUGUUGUACAAUUUUGUUGAGAGAGCAAUGGGGAAUAGAAAUAUAUAAUAACUUUGCUA